AAAAAGGUUGGGAACUUUUGCAUUCGGGAGAUUAAGAGAUUGGGAAAGGGUUUAGCAGAGCAGAGAGGGAGGAAGAUAGAGAAUUGCGGCCAUGGCGGAUUCUUCGAAGGACGAGUCAUCUGACGCUGAGCUUGACACCAAUCCAUCAGACAGCCCUAAUUCUUCUGCCGCCGUAGUUUCCCCCUCUUUUGGUGGCCCUGCUCUUUGUUUUUUCAGGUUUGCCGGUGACUCCGCUGCUGGAGCCUUCAUGGGCUCCAUUUUCGGCUACGGUUCAGGAUUGUUUAAGAAGAAGGGCUUUAAAGGAUCAUUUGCAGACGCUGGAUCUAGUGCGAAGACAUUUGCAGUUUUGUCUGGGGUACACAGCUUGGUCGUUUGCAUGUUAAAGAGGCUGAGAGGAAAGGAUGAUAUUAUUAAUGCGGGGGUAGCUGGAUGCUGCACUGGUCUAGCUCUAAGUUUUCCAGGCGCCCCACAGGCUCUUCUCCAGAAUUGCCUCACUUUUGGAGCUUUUUCCUUUAUACUUGAAGGCCUUAACAAGCAGCAGCCAGCAUUAGCUCAUCCCGUGUUCUCGAGAAAGAGAAGCGAUAUGGAGAGGAAUCGUCCUCCCAUGGUUUUGCCCCUUCAGAUUGCGCUUCCAGCUGAAUUUAAAGGUGCGUUUUCUGCAUUCUGCAAGUCGUUGGAGAAGAGGAGAACGAGCUGGUAAUGCAUAAUCCAGCAUUCUUUUAACAUGUUUUGCAGAACAGCCAUGUUAAUGGCAAUUUGUAGCUAAUGUUUGGAAGAGUUUACUUGUUGCAAUUUGAGUUGGAAAGUGACUGGUUUUUUUUUUUU